AUGUGGUUUGGUAACAAGAUAUUCGUCACCUGUGUUCUGGCGUUUCUAUUGUUUGAUGGCCUUUAUUGUUGCCAACUUUCAGAUCGUUAUCGUUUUGUUCUGGAAGAAGCUCCAUACACAAGACUCUGCAGCACCAAGAACAUUUUAACUGUGAAUGGGGAGUUCCCAGGCCCAACUAUACGAGUUAAUGCAGGAGAUCAGAUAACAGUGGAUGUUUAUAACAAGGGAAAAUAUAAUGUCACCAUUCACUGGCAUGGAGUGAAUCAGCUAAGAUAUCCAUGGUCUGAUGGUCCUGAGUAUAUCACCCAGUGCCCAAUUCAACCGGGCGGAAAGUUCAGCCAAAAGCUCAUUCUUUCUACGGAGGAAGGAACUAUUUGGUGGCAUGCUCACAGCAACUGGACGAGAGCCACUGUCUAUGGGGCUAUCUUUGUCUAUCCCAAGCCAGGAACCACCUAUCCUUUUCCUCAACCUGAUGCAGAAGUGCCUAUAAUACUAGGAGGGUGGUGGAAGCGAGACAUAAUGGCUGUUUAUGAGCAAUUCAUUGCAACUGGAGGAGUCCCUAAUCAAUCUGAUGCUUUUACCAUAAAUGGUCAGCCUGGUGGUCUAUAUCCAUGCUCAAAAUCAGAAACAUUCAAGCUAAAUGUGGAUCAAGGCAAGACUUAUCUACUCCGCAUGGUCAAUGCUGACGUGAAUGACAUUCUCUUCUUCGCCGUUGCCGGACAUCCGAUCACCGUGGUGGGAGCAGAUGGUAGCUACACCAAGCCGUUGACAAGAGAUUACAUUGCAAUAGCCCCUGGACAAACGCUGGACGCCUUGUUGCAUGCCAACCAACAGCCUGAUCACUAUUAUAUGGCUGCUAGGGCUUAUUUUACUGCUAUUAAUGUUGGAUUCGAUCGCACUACAACUACAGCUAUUGUACAGUAUAAUGGAAACUACACUCCCUCUCCAUCUCUUUCCUUGCCUUACCUUCCCAACUACAAUGACACUAGUGCAUCCUUUAAUUUCAGCUCUAGCCUUAGAAGCCUAGCCAGUGAAGAUCAUCCAGUAAGUGUUCCCAAAAAUGUUACCACUCAGUUGAUUACAACUGUUUCUGUGAACACACUACCCUGCAUUCCUAAUGGUACAUGUCAGGGACCAAAUGGGACUCGAUUCAGCGCAAGCUUGAAUAACAUAAGCUUUAUACUCCCAUCAAUCGAUAUACUCCAGGCAUACUAUGGCCAUAUCAAAGGGGUGUAUGGGGAUCGCUUUCCAAAAUACCCACCAUAUAUAUUCAAUUUUACAGAUGAGUAUCUGCCACUGAACCUAGAGAUACCGAAGCUGGGGACCGAGGUGUAUAUCCUGGAUUACAACUCCACCGUGGAGAUUGUUUUCCAAGGCACAAAUUUGGUUGCAGGGAUAGAUCACCCCAUGCAUCUACACGGGCAUAGCUUUUAUGUCGUUGGGUUGGGACAGGGAAAUUUCGACCCAGAGAAGGACCCUUUGGGGUAUAAUUUAGUUGACCCUCCUUAUAGGAACACUGUUACUGUCCCUAAAAAUGGCUGGAGUACCAUCAGAUUCAAGGCAGACAAUCCGGGAGUGUGGUUCAUGCACUGUCAUUUAGAUCGCCACCUUACAUGGGGCAUGGAUAUGGUGUUCAUAGUAAGAGAUGGAGAUCAAUGGGACGAACGCAUGCUACCUCCACCACCUGAUAUGCCGCCAUGUUAA